ACCGAGGUCAAUUAGCAGAUUCAAAAGCCAGCAGGACCUCAGAGAGGUCACACAGACAGAGAGAGGGGGAUUUAUCAUAUCACUCUUGAUAUAAUUGGUAUCUAACGGAACUUAGUGAACAAAUCAUUCACAAAUAAUUUCCUAGUAUUUUAGUUUAUUAACGUUUGGUAGGUAUGGCUGUAUUUCAGAAACAAAAACAUGGUUUCCUCGCCGGGCACGUGGACGAGGAUGUGAUGCGAACUAAGCGGGAAGAGCCCGCGCGCUGAGAGCUGCCCCGUUCGAGAUGCCCGGGGCCCUGGGCGAGAGGGGAAGGAGCUGCCUCGCGGGCUGCGGAGAAGCUCUCGCAGCUCGGAAGGGCCGACGGGGCACAGCCCUGCCCGCGGGGAGUCCAGCAGCACGGUCGCAGCUGAGACCAGAGUUUUGCGGGCAGAAGUCCUCUCCUAACUCCUGCCACAGGCACGGAGUGUCCCAGCCGGAGGGUGACAGACCUGGUGACAUUUUAACCACCUCGACACGACGGACACCUCGGUGCCUGCAGCGCAGGGAGGCAUGCCGGGCUGCUAACCUGCGACAGCCCAUGCAGCUCUUCUCUGGGCUCUCUUCUCCCCUCCUCACUUGUUUUCCCGUCAGGAUUUCCCAGUUUUGUACCUUUUGCUUUCAUUAAGGAUCAUUUGCCAGAUUUCUCCUGAACAUCACGCCAGGCUGCAGACAGCUUGGCGCUGCUGUGCUCAGGAGGGAAGCGUUAAAGUUAGUGAAAAGUCAAAUAAGGAAGAUCUAACCUACUGGGCUGUACUUCAUUUAAAAUAGCUUCUGUUGGCGGUGGGCAGCCCUCAAGCACCCGACGAUGGAGCAGCCUGAGCUACUGCAGCCGUGACCAGGCGUUGCCCAGCCAAACCUGCCCCGGCCGCGGGGACACAGCUGGGCUCGCAGGCCUGGCCCCACGGGGACGUCCCCCCCUCCACGCUCCCAGAACCCGGCAGAAACACCCCGGCGCCACGGGCCCCCCUCCCCGGCAAAGCACAGCCCCGCGCACGGCUGCAGUGACAGCAAGGAAAGGCAUCCUGCUCUUCUGGCAGGUUCUCCCACAGGUUAAAGGUACAUCGUUUCUAGCAUCACCUUCGCUAUAUUCGUAGGUUCAGCUUCAUACACGUACACACAAAUACAUAUACCAGUUUUUGAGGAAGAUCUUUACUUGUUGGGUCUAGUUCUGUUUGCAUUCAUGCUUAAAUAUUUCUGCUUUGCUGCUGUCCCCUUCUAUGCACGGAGCAGGUUCCUUUAAACAAAUGUCUUUUUCACCCUGAUCUGCUUAACGUGUCCAUAGCCAUGAGGAGUACACCGGGGUGCUCUAUGAUGGAGAAGCAAUUAAGUAAUCAAGAUACAGCAGAUCCUGCCUUAUGGAAGAGGGGGAGCUUGAUGGCUUUUUGUGAUACCUGUUUGCACCGUUUUCUGUUGUUGUCAGCCAAAAGGGCCCUUGUACUCUCCACGGUAGGGGCGACCACACGUGUCUAAUCUUGCCCUUUGUGGACCACUGUGUUGUCUUCUACUGCACGGUCUCUUAUGCUCCAGAGAAGACAUACAAUUUAUCGAGUCAGCCAGGCUUUAGCAAGAGAUCAUUCCUUCACUUCUCUUUGGACAACAUUUUUUUUUUUACAUUCCUAAAGUAUUAUAUGGAAACCCAGAGUGAUUUAUUACAAUGUUACCUCAUCUUCUGGGAUACUUCUGGCUGGAAAAAACGUUUUCAUCUUCAAGUUAGCUUGCUUCUGUGCUUCUCCAUCUGACACUUCAGAUCACUUUAAUGAUGGAGUAGCCUUGAUUAAAUUAAUCUCUCCCUGCAAAAGCAGCUGUCUUGUGUCAAGGAAUCUGUUCAGCUAUCUGGAACAUUUACACUUGCCAGGGAGGAGAGCCAAAGCGCGGAGCUAGCAGAGGGAGUGCCUGACCAUACCGAAGCAGCGAUGGCUUUGGCGUAACUCGUAAGGGAGAGGCCGGAGCUUGGCGGAACGCCCGGGCCUCUCCCCGCCCGGCGCGGGGCUGGCCCUGCGGCGCUGUGCCCAGCUACGGGGAGAAGGCUGCCCGGGCGAGGAACCCGCGGGGCCCGGGGGCUCAGCACCGCCGGCGCGGCCCCGCACAGCACCCGGGGGGUCGCGCCCCCCGAGCCCAGAUCCGGAGCCCGCCAGGAACCGCAAGGACGGAAACCCAAACAGAAAUGAAAAAACAGAGUGCCAGCACGGAGAAUGAACCCCCAGUCCGUGGUUUACCUUAAACUGGGAUUUCUAAACUGAAUGCAUUAAGUUUAAUCUUGACUCCAAGCUUCCUUACUCUCAUACAGCUACUCGAUUUUUUUCCCCUUUUAACAGCCCUCUUGCAAUCUUAGCCUGCACUCCGACAGUCCUUGAGCAUGCACCGUCCACGCAGGCAAACCCUGCUGAAAUCAGAACUGCCUGCCACGUCUGACUGAGGGCAGUUUGCUUUACAAAGAAAAGCCUUGGAAAAACAACGCAACUGCCAUUUCUUUUGUUUUUCAUCUCAUAAUAUUACCACGGGCUGGACUUUGAAAUGACUAUUCUUUUAAAGUAUGAACAUCGGGUUUUUUCCACUCAUUUCUCUUCAAUAUUCAUAUGCACCGCAUUGGUUUGGAGCCCUUUAGUUUAAAAAAAAAACAUUCUGCUUUGUUAUUUGGGAUAACGUACAUUCCUUUUAAAUUUAUUAAUACCAGAGUUUGAGAGAGCUGCAAAAUUCUGACCAGCUCAGCUUUUUUCCCUCUCUCCCUUCAGUGCCCGUACCCCGAGUUUCCACAGCUGAUGCCCCCGUGUCACAACAGCCCUCGCAGCUCUUUAAUGUGACCGUGCAGAGGACGCCAGGCCGAGUGCCACCGUCCCCCCACUCCUGCACUGGGGCCGUGGGGCCGUGGGGCCCGGCUCCGUGCCGCCAGCCCCCCCGGCAGUGCCGGGACAGCAGAGUCCCCCGAGCCGUGGGUCUGCUCCGCCGCUGCGGUCGCGUCACGGGGGUGUUGGGCGGUUGCCCCCCGCAUGCGGAGCUCGCCGCGACCACCCCCCACGCCCACGGACCGCUCCCGCCGCCCGGACACCGUGGGGGGCCGCGGGGGUCCCCGCUCCCCGGUGCUGACGCCUGGGGGUGGAGGGGGUCCCCGGCUCCUCCUGCGCCCUGCAACCGGCGUGGGUGCGUGGGAAAACCCCCCACGCCCUCAGCGGGGGAGGCUCAAUAAACCACGGACACCCACGCCGCCGGCAUCCCGCGCAACGACCGUCCUCACUCCCGCCCCCCCCCAAGCCCGGCCCGGCGCCCCGGGGAGGGGGGAGGCCGCGCCGGGUGUUGGGUUACAGCUGCGGGCGGUGGGGUGGGGCGAGAACAACGGCGGCCCCCGGCCGCCUCCCCCGCUGCGGGCCCGGCGAGCGGCGGCGGGGCUGCCCCCCCCCCCCCCCCGCCCCGGGGAUGAACGGGCUGCGGCGGCUGUUCCGCGGCAGCGGCCGGGCGCUGGCGUUCGUCCUCGCCGCCUCGGUCGUGUGGCUGCUCCUCGACAUGGCCGCGCUCCGGCUCUCCCCGGGCGAGGCGGGCGGGCGGCCGCUGAAGGAGGCGGCGGGGCGCGGGCCGGGCCGCGGGCAGCAGCGGGCGGGGCUGCGGGGCGACCCCGAGCCGCCGCCGGCUCGGCUGGCCCUCGAGGUGGCCGCCUCGAGGCGGGGGGGCGCGGCGGCGCCGAGCGGAGCCCCGUCGAAGGCAGCGGAGCAGCGGGUAACGCGGGGCGCGGGGCGGCGGGCGACCCCCCCGGAGCCCCGGCUGCACCCCGCCGAGCCCCCCCCGGGCAGCGAGCCCGCACGGCGGGCCGGGCUGGGGGGCGCGGCGGCCGAGGGACCCGGACUCGCCGCCAACGGGAGCCGGCAGCGAGGGGCCGGCCUGGCACCCCGGGCGGCGGGGCUGGGCGCGGGGGAGAAGGGGACUCCCCCCGAAAAGCGCUUCGUUCUUAGCAGCGAAGAGGGGGUAAACCCCCGCCAGCCCGACUCCGCGGGGCACCUGGCGAAGCGCCGAGAAGGGCGACGCGCGAACGGCGCCGGGGACGGCGCCCGCGCCGCCAACGCCGUCGGCGGGGCUGCGGCGCCGGGCGGCUGGAGCUGGGCGCUGGGCACGACGCGGGGAGCAGCUCCCGGGUCACCGGCCACGGGCAGCGACGGGCAGGAGCGGCCAGGCGGCGUCCCGGGAACCCACAGGGUCUUGUCCGUGGAUGCAACGCUUGCCCCGAGAGACCCCCGGGCUCCCGGCCAGUUUGGGCGCCCUGCCGCAGUCCCUGCCGAGAAACAAGAAGAAGCAAAGAGUCGAUGGAAAGAAGGAAACUUUAACGUCUACCUCAGCGAUUUGAUCCCCGUAGACAGAGCCAUAGCAGACACCAGGCCUGCCGGGUGCUCCGAGCAGCGGGUUCACGACGACCUCCCGACCACCACCAUCAUCAUGUGCUUCGUGGACGAAGUUUGGUCCACCCUCCUCCGCUCCGUUCACAGCGUCCUCAGCAGAUCCCCUCCGCAUCUGAUUGAAGAAGUCAUUUUGGUGGACGACUUCAGCACUAAAGAAUACCUCAAGGAGAAGCUGGACAGAUACAUGUCGCGGUUCCCAAAGGUGAAGAUCCUCCGCCUCAAGGAGAGGCAUGGCCUGAUCCGGGCCAGGCUGGCGGGAGCGGAGGUGGCCAAAGGCGCCGUCCUGACGUUCCUGGACUCGCACGUGGAGUGCAACGUGGGGUGGCUGGAGCCGCUGCUGGAGAGGGUCCGCCUGAGCCGGGCCAAGGUGGCCUGCCCCGUCAUCGAGGUCAUCAGCGACAGGGACAUGAGUUACAUGACCGUGGACAACUUUCAGCGUGGGAUUUUCACUUGGCCGAUGAAUUUUGGAUGGAAGCAGAUUCCACAAGAGGUCAUUGAGAAAAAUAACAUCAAGGAAACUGAUAUAAUAAGGUGCCCAGUCAUGGCAGGUGGGCUGUUUUCCAUCGAUAAAAAGUACUUUUUUGAGCUGGGAACAUACGACCCAGGACUGGAUGUCUGGGGAGGUGAAAAUAUGGAGAUUUCAUUCAAGGUCUGGAUGUGUGGAGGAGAGAUUGAGAUUGUUCCGUGCUCCAGAGUUGGGCACAUUUUCAGGAACGACAAUCCUUAUUCCUUCCCGAAAGAUCGGGUGAGGACAGUGGAGAGGAACUUGGCCCGUGUUGCGGAGGUCUGGCUGGAUGAGUACAAGGAGUUAUUCUACGGCCACGCUUACCACUUAGUCUUGAAAAACCUGGAUGUCGGCAACCUCACUCAACAAAUCCAGCUGCGAAAGAAGCUCCAGUGCAAAAGUUUCCGGUGGUACCUGGAGAACGUCUACCCGGACCUGGAAGCUCCCCUGGUUAAAGCCAGCGGGCUGCUUCUUAACGUAGCCUCGGCAAGAUGCAUCGCUGUGGAAAAUGCCACUCUAGCUCUUGAGGAGUGUGAUGUUAACAGCAAGCACCAGAAGUUCAACUACACCUGGCUGAGGCUGAUCCAGCACGGCGAGCUCUGCGUCAGCCCGGCGGGCGCCGCGGGAGCGCCGGGUCUGCGCCGCUGCCGGGGCGGGAGCCGCAGCCUGGCCUGGCUGCACCGGUCGCUGGCCGCCUUCCAGCCCGAGCUGACCCAGCACAUCAUCUGGGAGCACCUCCAGCAGCCCACCUGCUUGGAAGUGGAUCCCUCUCACAAAGCCCCGAGGGUGAAUGCCUGUGACUCUGCGAAUCCUUACCAGAAGUGGCAGUUUGGCAAUUACUACGCGGACUGAAGGGAACACGGUUGAACCAGAAGCGCCGUGUUGUCAUCUUGUGAAUUCAGCAAGGACAUCUGUGAGACUUGUGACAGCAAUUACAGAACUGGAAGUUCAUUUCCAAAUGAUAAUUGAAAUACGUAAUUUAAACCAGCAUACUGAGAGACCAGAAUAGCAAGAGCAGCACAUCUGGUUUAGCGAUGUCUGAGGCAGAUAGGCGUGUUUUUCCCUCACUGUGGGAGACUUUGGCAAAAAACUCAAAUAAUUUUCUGUAUUAUUAAAUGGAAAUAUUUUCUGACGUUCCCCA